AUGCCGGGCCCAGCAGUAACAACAAGACUUCGGUCCCGGUCCUCGGUGGACCACAUCUUUGAUCUUGUCGAGAACCUCGAGGAAGAUCAACUUCAAGACCUUCUCCUCCAGAUCAACAGCACGGGCGACAACAUCCAGGUAGCCAAGGGCGUCGAGCUCUUCGAGGAGGAGCAGAAGCGCCGCCGCCAACUUGACGCAAAGACCCUCCGGCCGACUCCGUCCUUCCUCGACCAGCCCCAUGAGCCCCUCGACUGGCCGCGCCAGAAGCCCAGGCCCGUCAGCGGCUCCCAGUGGCGCGGGAACAUGCGCAUCGUGUCGACGCCCUAUACCAAUGUUAAGCGACACCAGACAGAACCUAUCAGCCCGCCCUUGACGGCCAGCCCGCCUGCUAGCCCACCUCUGAGCCCGCCCGGGAAUGCCCUAGCCUACAGUAGCCCCAGGAGGAGUGUUACGGCGCCGUUGCUCAAGACGGAGGUGGCUAGGGUCGAGGUUCACCCCAUCGUUACGCUGGACAGCCCUGUCAGCCCACCACGGAGCACCGAGGCCGACGACGAUGAUGAUGACGACGAUGACGACGCGAGUCACUAUGAAGAGGAGGAAGAGACAAUGCGUCCUGCGCCCUCGGAGUUUGCCUCGUUCAGCUUUGGUCUGGACCAUUCCGCCGUAGAAAUACAACAAGAGGAAGAACAGCGACAAGACCAUCCCGUUAGUCCCCGCCACGCCGCCGCCGCCGUUCCAUCAUCGCAGCCGCGCGACUUCAGCAGGAUAAACACGACUCCACUCGCCUCCUUCCACCACCAACCCAAGUCCCUCGAUGCCUUCCACGACCUACCUCGUCCCAAUACGUCCAUUGGCACCGAUGCUGCCGCGGCUUCCUCCUUCUUCCGCCCCCGCGCGUUCCGCCGCAUCAGCAGACCCACAUUCUUGUCGCCCGUCAACGUGUCAGCACCCGACGAGCUGGCACAGAAGCUCUCUGCGUACCUCAAGGGCGAGAUCCCUUCGCCACCACCAGCGGCAUCGCAGGCGCGGCAGCAGCAGCAGCAGCAGGUGGCGAUGAGCAGGCCUGGCGAGACUGUGUCGCCGCUGGAGGAGAUGCUCAAGGAGCCGCUCACCCCUCGGAGUCGAUUUGUGUUUGGGCGGGUGGAGAGGGAAGUGCCGAACGUCAGCGGCAUCUUUGAGGUUCUCACGGAGGGUUGA